UACAGAGGUUAGCUGCUGCAAAUAUUCUCUCUUUGCUCUUACGGUUUUUGGGACUUAAAUCUCACCGCGUAAGAUAACUUGUCGAUGUUGUUGCUUGCGUACGAUUUUCGGCCAAACAUUCGUAGACGAGAGGCGGACUCGUGUGCGUGUGUUGACAGUAAACAGAGCGCGAAACUGGAUGGUCAUUCAUUUUUCAAGCCGUCCUGAGUUUGCUAACGUGUUAGCUAGCUAGCUGGCUAACUUGUUUACGCGUGCUGCAAGCGGAGAAGAAAAUACACCGUUUUCAUGGCAGCAGGCUAUUGAAUGUUAGAUAGUUUUUGAGUGAGUGUUAGGGUUUCAUACAGUGUGUCUGUCUGCGUUUGGCUGCCCUUGCAUUUCGGUUGCGUCACCCAGCUAAUAGAAGUAAAGUUGAGCGACGGUCGACGCGACAAACUCGUGCGCAUCAUCCCGGUAACUUUAGCUGCCACCGGCUGCCUCCACCUGGACCAGCGCUCAGCCAUCUAGACACCAUGUCAGAGUUAUACAUCCGUGUGGCUGAGGAUGAGAACGAGGAGCCCAUGGAGAUCCCCUCAGAGGACGACGGGACUAUUCUGCUGUCGUCGGUAGCAGCACAGUUUCCAGGGGCGUGCGGGCUGCGGUACAGGAACCCGGAGUCCCAGUGCAUGAGGGGGGUCCGGCUGGUGGAGGGGGUCCUGCAUGCACCCGAGAACGACUGGGGAAACUUGGUCUACGUCGUCAAUUACCCCAAAGAUAACAAAAGGAAGAUGGAGGAAAUAGACGCUGCCUCAGCUGUGAAAGUAAAAAGGGGCUUUCAGAAGACGUCAGAUCUCAUCGUCCUCGGGCUGCCGUGGAAAACAACAGAACAAGACCUGAAAGAUUAUUUCACUACCUUUGGGGAGGUCAUAAUGGUGCAGGUCAAGAGAGAUGUAAAGACUGGCAACUCGAAAGGAUUUGGGUUUGUCCGGUUCACUGAAUAUGAGACACAAACCAAAGUGAUUGCUCAGAGACACAUGAUUGACGGACGAUGGUGUGACUGCAAACUUCCCAACUCAAAGGCGUGUCCUGAUGAGCCCAUGCGGAGCCGUAAAAUCUUUGUUGGCCGAUGUACAGAGGACAUGACAACUGAUGAACUGAGGCAGUACUUCAUGCAGUAUGGCGAAGUCACUGAUGUCUUCAUCCCCAAGCCUUUCCGGGCUUUUGCAUUUGUCACGUUUGCCGAUGACCAGGUUGCCCAGGCCCUGUGUGGAGAGGACUUGAUCAUCAAGGGCGUCAGCGUGCACAUCUCCAAUGCUGAGCCUAAACACAAUAAUAGUAGGCAAAUGAUGGAUCGAGGGCGGUUUGGGGCUGGUGGGUUCAGUCAGGGCUAUGGCAGUAAUCGUGGCGGGCUAGGCAGUGGUAGUGGUGGGGUUAACUUUGGGGCUCUCGGUCUUAACCCAGCAAUGGUGGCUGCUGCCCAGGCAGCCCUGCAAAGCAGUUGGGGGAUGAUGGGCAUGCUGGCUAACCAGCAAGGUCUGACCACAACGGCAGGCACAGCCACCACGACCCGAGACCAGACCUAUAGCUCUGCCAGCACUAGUUACAGCAGCCCUAGCUCAGCUAGCCUCGGCUGGGCUGCAGGCACCAACGCCCCCUCCAGCAGUGGCUUCAGCUCUGGCUUUGGCACCUCUAUGGAGUCUAAGUCUUCUAGUUGGGGAGUUUAGAUAGCUUCGAGUUGAGCUUUUCUGUUAUUAGGCUAAUCUGUUCACCAACUCUUUCCCAAUUUCCCGGGAGGAAGCGCCUCAUUGGCAGCAAUGUUCGACAGAUCUCAGUAUCAAUUCCCCUCUUCCCAUGUGUAAAUGCUUUGCCAUCAAAGAACACAGCUUCACUCUGCGUAUACUGUGUUAGACGGUGGGUGUUGUCUUUUUUCCCUCUCCCCUUUUCUAUGGAUAUAGAAAUCUUGUCUGCUCUUUGUCGCUUUUUCAAGAUCAAUGAGUGGGAUUGGUUCUGGACCGAGUGAGAGUGAGCGACUGGGAGAGCAAAAUGAAAGAGGUGUGAGAAGGACUGUUUGUGGAUUUUUUUUUUAAAGAGACAAAUGCCUGCGAGAGUUGAGAAGAACCUGUGGCUUUGUGCGAGUGUGAGAGGAAGAAGCAAGUACGAGUGUGUCCCGAAUGGCCAUCACAAGGACAUUUAUCGCGUAUCGAGAUCUUUAUGGUCUCUGCUUUCUCUCAUCGUUUUCUAGCAACCUUAAUUCUUUAAAAACACAGUGAAAUGUCAAGUGCUAUGAGUAUUUGUACCUUUUCAUAGCUUUCUCUUACUGUCUGACUUGAUGUGAAUGCUGUGUCUGGUUGUGUGCUUUUAUUUUCUCUUUGUUACCACCCUCUCUGUGAGAAAAUGUGAUUUUGUGCUGGUGAAGUUUGUGUGGGGAAAAACACUGAAAGUGUGUUGAAGUUUGAGGUUGAUGUGGUGAAUGUUUGACAAGUUCCCAUUGAAAGUUUGUGUUUGAAGUGAAUGCAUUUUCUAUGUUUUGUGAAUCAAAGGGAAGUCUGAAAUAAAACUGAAUUUGACUAGGUAUAAUACAGUCUUGACAGCGACUUAUUUUUGCCUUUACAUUAAUUGAACUGCCAACACUUUAAUUC